UGCUCCCUUCUUAAAAGACACACUAAGCUAGCGAAGCUCGCGAUCAACAACCAGCGAUCAGCGACUGAAUCAGUCGGUAAGAUCAACGCGUGUAAAGCGGACGCCUUAUCCUUCUGGUGUGUUUUGGUGCUUUGGUGACGAUCCAUUUGUUGCGUUCUCCAUCGUUUUACAUCCGUUUCGUGUUGUGCGCGUGGGCUUUAGCAGUACCCAAAAAUGGACCCCAAAUCGUUCGUGAUCGUCUGUUUGUGUUUCAUUGCUGUCGGGUUUAGCAGCGUAAUGGCAGAUGUUUCUCACAUCGCUCCCGAAGCACUCGAAAAUCCUGUAACGGAUGUGUGUCUAACCUGCAUCUGUGAGGCAUCAUCCGGAUGUGAUGCAUCGCUACGUUGCAACGGCGAUGUUUGCGGUAUGUUCCGCAUUACCUGGGCGUACUGGACCGAUGCCGGAAAGCCUGUCCAGCAGGGUGAUACUCCCGACUCUCAGAAUGCUUACGCGAACUGUGCCAACGAACCGUACUGUGCGGCAAGAACUGUUCAGGGUUAUAUGCGAAAGUUUGGACAGGACUGUAAUGGCGAUGGUACGAUCGAUUGCUUCGAUCACGCGAUCAUUCACAAGCUAGGAGGCUACAACUGCAAGAACCAGGUACCGAUCGUCUACCAGUCAAAGAUCGAUGAAUGCAUCCAGCGUAAAGCCGUUGAGUAUGGAGCCGUCCGUCAAUAGGUAUUACACCAGUGCACACCAUUCCAUUUAUUUAUGUAAUAGAUUUAAUUCAAUGCGGCUUCUCUCUGAAAUCCCAACCACAGGAUGAUUUCAAUAAAAGUAUUCUAAAAAAAGAAGAUUUUCUCCCCCCAAAAAAAAAAACAAAAUGUUACGACAAAGAACAA